GCAAUUAACACCAUGGCCGACGACGACGACUUUGACGUGGACAAGUACCUACGUCUUGAGGCAAACAGCUUCAACCAAGAUCAAGAGGUCGACCGGAUCCUAAAGCUCCACGCCCAAACCCGCAACCCGCUCGAGAUCCUUGACCAUCCCCCUUCCGUUUUCAUAACUCUUCAAGUAGAUGACCGUGCAGUCAAGGUCUCGUACCGGAAGCGAUCCCUCCUUCUCCACCCCGACAAAUGCAAGCAUCCCCGUGCACAAGAGACAUUCGAAAUACUCAAAAAGGCCGAGAGUGAGCUAAUGGAUGAGGAAAAACGAAAAACUCUUAUCGGGUUUGUGACGGAUGCGCGGGAUGGCAUAUUUCAGAAGCGCGGUAUCAAGGGGCCCGUUGUAGUGACAGAAGAAAGAUGGAAAACAUUGAUGAAUGAUAAGGAACUGAUCGCCGCGAUUCGGAUGGAGACACGACGAAUGUUUGCUGAUGAUGAGAGUAGGAUCAAGAUGCGCAUGAAAAACGAGUUUGAUAGACGUGCCGCAGAGGCAGAGCAAAAGUUGCAGGAAAGGAAGCAAAAACAAGAACACGACAAAUUGUGGGAGGAGACAAGGGAAGAGAGGGUGGGGAAUUGGAGACAGUUUAUGAAGAAGGGUGCAAAGAAGAAGAAGCGAAAGGAGGACUCUAAGCCAUAUUGAACGGAUCGCUGUAAGCUAUGUUUUUGGAUAAAUAGACACUUUGCAGACUGUCGUGCGUUGUUUUGGAUUGUUGCCAUAUACGCCCAUGAUCGCUUACCUGCUACCCUCGGACCAAUGACGGUCCACUCACCCAUUCCUGUUAUAUGCUGGGCAGUAAUAUACGGAUAUGAACCUGUUUCUGCA